GCACCCUUCUCAGCCCAGUGAGGCACGACUGGCUAUCUGCCACGAUCCCAAGAAAUUCCUCGCUUGGACAGCGCUAGUAUCUGUGGCUCGGCGAUGAGAGGGAACUUUGCCAAUGGCAAUAUUGCGGCGGGGAAGAAACAGAGGGACGUGAGAGACGUCUUGUGACCUGCCCGUCGAGUAAGUUCAGAUCGACGCAAGAGAGUUAGUUGCCAGGCUUGUUGAGAGGCAAUCAGGGAGGCGAUUUUUCCCCAGGUUUAAAGCAGCCGAGCAGGGCAGGUCAUAUAGCGUGAGGAGAGUCCCGGGUCGACGAGCGACGUGCGAAGAAAGGGAAAGAUAAGGUAACGCCAGAUGCUUUAUGCGGCCGAAAGCUUAUUAGCGCACCCCGGAAAGUGACCCUGUUACCACACAGAGUACGUACGUCCCGUUGUCACCCGCCCACACACCUACAGACCCUGAUAGGAUCUAGACUGAUACUUGUGGGUUGAUGAUUUGCGGGCUGUGGCACCCAAAGAUGUCUAAUACGGACUCGUGCUGUCCUGCAGCGAAAUGCCUCCUCUCCUGGUAGGUUAGCUAUAUUACUUCUUCGAGGCCCGUGCAGGUCAGGUACAAUCGGAGGGUGCAGGCACAACAAGGGUGAUUAUAUGCAGGUCACAAAAGUGAGCAGCCGUGGGCAGUGUCAAUGGUUUGCGACAGCAGCAAGCCAAGCAAGCAAGCAGCAGGACGGAUGAUGGCGCCCAAUGCGGUGGCCGGGGCAGAUACGGCAGGUAUUAGUAGUAGGCGUAAGGUGAGGGCGAGGAGGGUGACAGGGCGAGUGCGGACAAUUAGUUACUCGCAGGUCCACAGCAGCCAACGGAAGACCCCGUUAAAAAGUAUGGGGUAAGAGAAAAGGGUUAACGACGAAGACAAACGGCAGAUCCACUGGCGACGGUAACCUGGUGGAAGAGCCCAAUCGGGACGUCCAGAGAAUAGGCGUGGUCCGAGGGGAUGGGGGCUGGCUUGGGGCCCUGCUGGGGACCAGGAGGACGCUUUCCGGAUGAAUAGGGAGCGUUAUCUCAAGAGGAUCCAGCGUAAUGCAGCGAAGCGCAGUGCAGUGCAACUAUGCGGUGCAGGGCAGGUCGUCAGGAGCCACAGAGUGCUGGGGCCACGCUAUCAGCGAAUGAUGCUGGUCCUCAGCGUCCUCUCGGAAGAUUUCGCGGUGAUCCGGCCGGGACCGGUGAGGGAUCCCCAAAGGAGCGUGCAGGUUGACAGGCCGGGAAAGCUGAGGGGGCAAAAGUGGCUGUCGAUCUGCCUGCCUAUUUGUUGAUGGUUUGCGGAUGCUCGUGCUUGC